AUGGUUCUCAAGGGAUGCUCAAAAUCAUUCUUUGAUACAUUACAGAGGAAAGACUCUCCAAAAAGUGGUGAGAGGCAAAAGCCGGGCAAUGAUGAGGAGAAAUCAGAUUCACCAAAGGACAAAGCAGCUCAGCUUCAGCAUAAUCUGCCCUACAUUACAAUGGCCGUCGUUGCAACCGAAUUACUUCUCGUAUUAUUUAUGCUUUGCUGCAAACCUGCCAAGAAGAAGGAGAAGAAAGAUGAUGACAACGACGACGACGUCGCCGACAACGGUAACGGGGGUGGCAAAGGCAACGGCAACGGAGGUGACAAAACAGGCGGCAACGGCGCUCCUGGAACCAUGGUCGUUGAUAUGAGCAAGCCGAUCCAGAUUAACCUUAAUAUUCCAGGUCUAAGUGGUGAAGGAGGCAAAACAGGUGGCCCAUUUAGGAUGUUGCAUGCCACAACACCCUCAAACGUUUACGGAUCUUCCAAUUAG